UAUAUUUUUAGGUUAUGUAUUAAGUAUAAUUAAAUUAUUACAGCGAUAUAUUUAUAGGCCAUUUAACUAUAACUGCAAUCUGUGGAUCUAUUAAUUUACUAAAUAAAUAUUCGAAAUUCGUUUUAACAUAAUGAAAAAUUACGUCUUAUUUAGAAAACUGGCGCAGUAGACAUAUCUCAAAUGACGGCUAUAAUUGGAAAGAUUCGCUGUUUUAAAAAAACGACUGCCCAAUUGGGUCGCAGAACUUUACAAGUGUCUAGUCGACUAUGCGAAUUCUGGGAACCUGAUGAUAAAGGAGGAUAUAAAAACACCCAACCAUACCCAAACUUUAAAGAGCGUAUGAGACUCGGAUUGCAAGAAUUAAAAAGUGAAAUAAAGUUAUGGACUGACGAAGUAAAGGAGACAUUUGAUUGGGACCCUUUGUUAGCAUAUCGUCCUGGAGAAGUUGAUGUUGUGUGGCGUUUCAAUAAAAAGGACUCCUUAAAGCAGUGGCUUGUGACCUCUGAUAAAGAUCAUAACGAAGGCUACAGCGAGUGUUCACUACAAUUGACAAAUUAUGGUAAAGGCCUCUUUUCUGGAACUCUCUCAACCAAAUUGCCUAAAGAUGGAAAAAUUAAAAGAGCAGGUUAUUGUAAUAUAAAGACUAUGAGGGCUAGAAAAUCAUUUAAGCGGACAACUUAUUUGGAUUGGAGUGCUUACAAUAUGUUAGUGAUGAAGGUGAGAGGUGAUGGUCGCUCCUACUUGUUAAAUAUCCAUACCAGAGGGUAUUGGGAUAUUACCUGGAAUGAUAUGUACCACUUUGCUCUGUAUACUAGAGGAGGACCUUAUUGGCAAAUAGUUAGGAUUCCCUUUUCAAGAUUUUUUUUGUCUUCAAAAGGUAGAAUACAAGAUCGUCAAACGUCAAUACCAUUAGAAAAAAUUACAUCUUUCGGUAUUACUGCGGGAGAAAAACAUAAUGGUAGUUUUUCUUUAGAAAUUGAUUAUAUCGGAUUAGAAUUUGAUCCCAAUAACCAAGAGGAGUUUGCAUAUGAAAUGUAUAAAACUUCAAAAAAUAUUGCUGCUACAUAAAUAAUUUUCUGUUAUAAAAUAGUUUUUUAUCCUUAGUGUAGUUGGGUUCAAAUCAUAUGCGCCAAUGAAUAUAUAUUUUUCAUAUUAAACAAAAAAAUUUUUAUUAUAGUGAUUGUGAAAUUAUACUCGACAACUUGAUGCAUUUAAGUAACCUGCUAGUGACUCCGAGCCUUCUGUAUUGGUGAUGUUAAAACGAUGAAACGGAAUUAUUCUAACUGAAUAUUUAUUACAAAACAGGUGCACCACCACAGUUCUAUCGUUCUGUUCCUGGUUAAACAAAAACAGACCACAACCAAAAGGCACAGAAUACAAAAUAGACAUUGCCGAUUUAACUCUAAGAUACAAAAUCAUAAUUUCACAUACCUCCUGGAUUUUGUAUUGAAAAAAAAAGAGAUUUAUUAAUUGCCAAACACAUUUGUUAUAUUUGUCUUUUCCAAGUGUUUUUGUAAGUAUAUCCGCGAGUUGAUCAUCAGUGUUUACUUUGAAGACAUCAAUUAGACCUUUUUUUUCUAAAAAUCGUUAAUAAAGUGAUAACUUACGUC